CACAAAACACCCCCACCCACCCACGCACGCAGAGCCAGCGCGAGUUGGUCCCGCGGGUUGCAAGCGAGGCCGAGCUGCCAAGUCCGUCCCCUCAACCCAAUCACCCACCCACCCGCAAACAGACGCCCUUGGCCGCCUCUCCUCUCAACCCCUUUCUCGGCGGGCGCCGCCAACUGAGCGGGAGUCUCUAGAGAGGAAGGUGUUUUUUUUCUUUUAUUUUUGCUGUAUUUUUUGUCAUUAUGAGAUGUUGUCUCUCGGAGCUUCAUUUGUGCAAAUUAAAUUUGAUGACUUGCAGUUUUUUGAAAACUGUGGUGGAGGGAGUUUUGGAAGUGUAUACCGAGCCCGAUGGGUAUCUCAGGACAAGGAGGUGGCUGUGAAGAAGCUACUUAAAAUAGAGAAAGAGGCAGAAAUACUCAGUGUGCUCAGCCACAAAAACAUCAUUCAGUUUUAUGGAGCUGUUAUUGAACCCCCCAAUUAUGGCAUUGUUACAGAAUAUGCUUCUGCUGGGUCACUGUAUGACUACAUUAAUAGCAACAGAAGUGAGGAUAUGGAUAUGGAUCACAUAAUGACCUGGGCAACUGAUAUAGCGAAAGGAAUGCACUAUUUGCAUAUGGAAGCCCCAAUUAAAGUAAUCCACAGAGACCUGAAGUCCCGAAAUGUGGUUAUUGCUGGUGAUGGAGUAUUAAAGAUCUGUGAUUUUGGUGCUUCAAGGUUCCAUUCCCAUACAACACAUAUGUCUCUUGUUGGCACCUUUCCUUGGAUGGCUCCAGAGGUUAUCCAGAGUCUUCCAGUGUCUGAAACAUGUGACACAUAUUCAUAUGGUGUUGUUCUCUGGGAGAUGCUAACAAGGGAGGUCCCCUUUAAAGGCUUGGAAGGAUUACAAGUAGCUUGGCUUGUCGUAGAAAAAAACGAGAGACUUACUAUUCCAAGCAGCUGUCCUGGAAGCUUUGCAGAAUUGAUGCAUCAGUGCUGGGAAGCAGACCCAAAGAAAAGACCCUCUUUCAAGCAAAUUAUUUCAAUCUUGGACUCCAUGUCAAAUGAUAGCAAUCUUCCAGAUGAAUGCAACUCGUUCCUGCAUAACAAGGCAGAGUGGCGAUGUGAAAUAGAGGCAACUUUGGAGAGGCUAAAGAAAUUGGAACGUGAUCUGAGCUUUAAGGAGCAGGAGCUAAAGGAACGGGAGAGACGCCUGAAGAUGUGGGAGCAGAAGCUCACUGAACAGUCCAAUACGCCUCUGCUGCCUUCCUUUGAUAUCUGUUCGUGGACUGAAGAAGAUGUGUACUUCUGGAUGCAACAGCUUGUUAAAAAAGGUGACACAUCUGGUGAGAUGAGCAUAUAUGCAACCUUGUUUAAAGAGCAUCACAUCACAGGGAAGCGAUUACUUCUUCUGGAAGAAGAAGACAUGAAAGACAUGGGGAUUGUUUCCAAAGGGCACAUCAUUCAUUUGAAGACUGCCAUUGAGAAAUUAAGUGAAGAUUACCUCAAUAUGUUUCAUUUCCCUCCUCUGAUAAAGGAUGCUGCCAGUGAAAACGAAUCGAUUGAAGAAAAAGUGGUGAACCUUGAGCUAGUUUUUGGCUAUCAUUUAAAGCCUGGAAAUGGCCCAAAGGAUUGUAAAUGGAAAAUGUAUAUGGAGAUGGAUGGGGAUGAGAUUGCAAUAACUUACAUAAAAGAUGUGACAUUCAACACUAACCUGCCUGAUGCAGAGAUUUUCAAGAUGACAAAGCCACCAUUUGUGAUGGAGAAAUGGACAGUGGGAAUAGAAAAUGACCAAAUUGUGGAAUGUAUAAUUACUUAUGAGAAUGAUGUCCGAACGCCAAAAUUCACCAAACAUAUCCAGCCGGUGCAGUGGAGUGAAGUGAAGUGUCAGGAUGAGGUGAAGUCGAUACAGCUUAAAAUACAAACACCACUUGCAAACUCAGAAGGCAUCCCUCGGAGCAGAUCCAAUUCUAGUAUCGACUGCCAAUGGAUGAAGGCGCUAAAAAUGCGCCACGUGUCCAGUAGCCCUUCGCUUCAACAUUCCCGUCCCCACAGCCCCAACAGCUUGACGCAGUACUUACCUUAUCUUCAGGACCAAGGCAGCUAUGCAGCUGCUGUAAGACGGACCCAUGUUCCUGUAAGCUAUCACAUCACCUCUCUAAAUCAGUCAAGAAACUCAUCUCCGACACCAUAUUUAUCAUCUUUACAUCUGAACUCAAAGGGAAGCAGCACCUCCAGUGCGGCUUCUGACAGCCCCUCAGAAGGAGCACGACCCAAGAUGAAAAGCAGGAGCCACUACCAUCAGAGCGUCUCUCCCAAUGUGUCUGUGCCUGGGCGGCGCCUUCCGAGGGGCUCCGUGGGCGCUCAGGCACCAGUGAGGAACAAUGAGAAAUUUCACAGGACUCCACAGGCCAGUCACAAUCAACAUUUGCCACGGUCACGUGACCGGAAGCAUCCGCAUUCCUCUCAGCAACCGAAGGAAAUUCCAGGAAUGCCCUUGAAUACAGAAAAUGACCCCGAAAGAGAGGGAGAGGAAAGCAAAGUCAACGAAGGUGGAUGGGUAAAAGUCAACCAUUCAAAGAAAUCUCAGCGACAUGGGGUUGGCAAACAAAGUAAGGAGAAGCCAAAGGGAACUGGAACGCACCUGAGAAGACCCCAUUGAUGCUUUU